UUCGUGUGCACGCUCUGCGGUGGCGUAGCGUUUUUUUCGUGCGCGUUUUAUUACCGAUACAAAAAUAUCUUUGUGAAAUAAGGAUUAUUAAAGUGUAACCAAGUGAAAAGGUUAUUUUUCCGAAAACAAGUUUGUGCAUGAAAGUAAAGCAGAUAAGUUGAAAAAUAAUUUCAAUAGUGCGAACAAUGCUAUACAAAUUGAAAUAGCAAUGUCAGCCUGAAAAUAUGCUUCAGCUCUUUACGAAAUAUGAAUGAUGAAACUAGCAUACAUAUGUAUGUACAUGUAUGCUCCGAUGUCACUGAUUUAAUAAAUAUGAUAAACAAUGCGUUAAAUAAAAUUGUAUGUGUAAAGAUGCAGCAGUAGCGCCUGCAAUUAUGCAAUGAUUUUAAAGUGAAGUUAUAUUUUCUCAAAAGAAUCGUGUUAAGAAGUGGUUUUAUAGUGCAAAAAAUACAAUUACCAGAAAAUUUAAGUGAAAAAUAUAAUAAAACCACCAAAAAUGGAUGCUAAUGUAAUGCUUGUUGAUGCCACACCGGCGCAAUUGGAGGUGCAACAGCAGCACUUACGCAAAAACAGUAUGUCGCCACCAAUGCCAAGUGGCUCUGGCCUACACGCCACGCUAGACAUUGACACCACAACAACCAACAACCAUAAGCAGCAGCUGCACAGCUUGUUGCCAACAAACACCAGCAGCGCUGCCUCCACAACCGCCAAUAGUGGUCAAACGCCCAAUUCGAAUUGCUCUUCGGCCGGCGCUUCACCAUCAAAGCUGAUGCUUGGUGGCGGUGUCGGCAGCGGUGUCAAUGCCGCGCUCUUUCACCACCACAACAAUCAACAUCUGCAGCAUCAGCAUCAUCAUCAUCACCAUCACAACAGCGGUCACGCGCAUACAUUACACACGCUGCAUCAGCAUCCAGCCAUUGUUAAUUUGAAGCAAUGUGCGGCUGGUGGCGGCGGUAUGACAGGCGUGUGUUGCAAUUUAAGUGGCUGCAGCUUGAGCGGCAGCAGCACACCAACGCCACCGCAACAGGCGCUGCAUCACACACUCUAUCCGCUGCUGGUGAGCGGUGUUGGCUCGAGUGGACCCAGUUCGUUGGUCAAUUCGCCGGCUAUGGGCAGGCGUAAGCGUUACACGAGCACUUCAUCGAAUUGUUCCAGUCAAUUUAAUAACAAUUAUGCAGGACUCGACAUGGAAUCGCUGGAGGAUAUGCUGAGAAAGGUGAAUAUUUUUGAAUUGUAUGGAACUUUGCAUACUUUUGCAUAG